AUGACCAGUGUAUCUGAGGAAAGAGAAAAAAGACGAAGGAAAGUGAAAUCUGCAAUGAGGGAUCUAAAACACAUUGAUCAGUAUUUAGAAAAUAAGGAAGAGAGCAAAAGAUUCUGGUGUCCAAAGAUACAGGGAGAUACUGUGAUUGCUUCUACAUCAGAGAUAAGGAUACAGAGGCAGAGAGGGGGUCAAGAACUUUCCCAAGCUCAAAUACCUAGUAGCACAAGAGCCUGUUUUUCCCACCUGGCUCCUCUCUACCUCGCCGUGUGCUCGUGUGCUCGGACGUAUAAGCACAACUUGUUGAUCAACGCUGCCGGUAAGGAUUGUCUACUGGUCUUGGGCCUGCGUCUCUUCACCGCACCCACGCGCACUAUCCGUGCGCCAACGUCGUUGUCGCGAGCUCCGGAAGAACCUGAGGGGAGCGGCGGAGGGUUUAUGGGCCGAGCGAAUCUGGGCAUCCACUUUUCCUUGUCCUUUUUGGAGCACCACCUUCUUAACAAGAGUUGUGAGCUCCACAUGGCUGAGACUGAAGUCCUGGUACAUGUGAAGAUCACUCUCCUGAUGCUCUGGCUGAGAGUGGUUCUCUUUCUUUCUGGAUGGUCUCAGAUUGGGCACUGUCACCAUCAUAGCCAACCAGAAGUAGUAAUACCCUUGAAGGUAACUGGCACUGAGAAAGGUAUGAAGACUCCAGGCUGGCUCUCCUAUAGCCUGCACAUUGAGGGGCAGAGACACAUUAUCCACAUGAAGGUCAGAAAGCUUUUGGCAUCCAGACACUUCCCUGUGUUCACCUACACUGAUGAGGGAGCUCUCCAUGAAGAUCAGCCUUUUAUCCAGGAUGACUGCCACUAUCAGGGUUAUGUGGAAGGACAGCCAGAAUCCACUGUUGCUCUUAGCUCCUGUUUCGGGGGCUUGCAAGGAAUGCUACAGAUAAAUGACAUUGUAUAUGAAAUAAAGCCCAAAAAAUUUUCAGUCACACAUGAACAUUUAAUUCGUAGACUACACUACAGUGAGACAGAAUUCCAAUCCACAAAAUGGCAAUCUGCAGAAGAAGAGAUAGCAGGGCAAUUGGGUUUUCAACAGAGUAAUAAUCCUCCUCUCAGGCAAAGCAACUAUGAGGGUGUUUGGACCCACAGAUGGUUUAUAGAACUUGCAGUGAUUCAAGACCAUCAACGAUUUAUUUUCCGGAAUGGUAAUACCUCAUUGAUGAUACAAGAUGUAUUAAUCACGAUUAAUGAAGUAAAUUCCAUUUUUGCCGCAAUUGACAUUUCUGUGUCUUUGUGUGGGCUUGAGAUUUGGAAUACCAGAAACUUAGUGUCAUUAGGAAAUAUGCAUGAAACUUUGGAAUAUUUUUGCCGGUGGAAGUACACAGUUUUAGAUACCCGAGUGAAAAGUGAUGUUACACAUUUUUUUAUGUGGAAGAAUUAUACUCAACACGGGGAAUCAUAUUGGGGAAAAAUAUGCUUAAGGAAUGGCUGUGCAGUUGAAAGGUUUUUGGCAGAUGAUGAAUUUUAUGAAUUUGCACUUGCUGUGUCACAUGAGCUUGGUCAUAAUUUGAAUAUGCAGCAUGAUGUACAGCUAUGUACAUGUGGAAAGCCCACGUGCCUAAUGUCUGAAGGAGAAAUACUCAGCAAUGCAUUUAGCAACUGCAGUAUUUCUGCCUUGAUGGAUACUGUACAAAAAAAAACCUGUAUACGCAAUACACCAUAUUUCAUCAAAGACCUAUGUGGUAAUGGUGUCGUUGAAGAAAAUGAGCAGUGUGACUGUGGAACCUUCCAAAUGUGCACACAAGAUCCCUGUUGUUUGACAGACUGUACUCUGAGACCUGGUGCUGCUUGUGGUUUUGGGCUUUGUUGCAAGAACUGCCAGUUCAGGGCAUCAGGGGAAGUAUGUCGAGAAAAGGAUAAUGAAUGUGAUCUUCCAGAGUGGUGCAAUGGAAUGUGGCAUGAAUGUCCAGAAGAUGUCCAUGUGCGAAAUGGACAGACUUGCAUGGAAACCAGCCAUUGCUACAAUAAUACAUGCCUUUCCCGUGAUAGACAGUGUAAACAAAUUUUUGGCGAGGAUGCCAGGAAUGCAAAGGAGUUAUGUUACAGAAAAAUGAAUAUCCGUGGUGACCGUUUUGGUAACUGUGGUAAUGAUACCAAAUCAUAUAUAGCAUGUAAUAGUGCAGAUGUUAUGUGUGGAAGAAUACAAUGUGACAAUGUGAGCAGAAUCCAAAUGCUGGAAGAACAUACUACUCUGCAUUGGAUUAACAUUGAAAACUCUUCUUGUUGGGGCACUGAUUACCACUUUGGGAUGACCAUAGCUGACAUUGGUGAUGUGAAAGAUGGCACCGAGUGUGAUGUAAACUCUGUAUGUCUUGGCAGGAAGUGCACCCCUGUGAUAACGCCAGUAUAUAUUUGUUCACAUGAAUUCUGCCAUAAGCAUGGAGUCUGCAACAACAAAGACCACUGCCACUGUGACUCUGACUGGGACCCACCCACCUGUGAAAAAGAAGGCAGUGGAGGUAGUAUAGAUAGUGGCCCACCUCCUAAGAGAAAAGCCAAAAAAAGUUGGAAUUACUUGCCACUUCUUUUUUUGAUUGUUUUAUUGCUUUUGCUUUUGUGUUUGAUAAUUUUGCUUUUCCACAGGAGAAAACCCUCUGAGGAAAAUGAGAAAACUGAGGCUCCUCCACCUGAGGGAGGGCCAGGUGUUGGAGCUCCACCCCAGGGAAUGCAGGGUGCUACAGCUCCACCUCAGGAAGGGCAGAGUACUAUAGCCACACCCAAAAGAGGGCGGAGUGUUGCAACUACACCCAAAAGAGGGCAGAGUGUUGUAGCUACACCCAAAAGAGGGCAGAGUGUUGUAGCUACACCCAAAAGAGGGCAGAGUGUUGCAGCUGCACCCAAAAGAGGACAGAGUGUUGCAGCUGCACCCAAAAGAGGGCAGAGUGUUGCAGCUACACCAAAAGAAAAGCAGAGUGUUCAGGAUCCAAAUUAG